AUGAUGUCUGAUGAAGCUGUUUCUGUUCCUUCCAACCUCAUCAGAAGCACCUCAAACUCAAACUCAAACCCUAAUCCUCCUAACCCUAAUAAGAGAAAAAGAAGUCUACCAGGAACACCAGAUCCGGCUUCAGAAGUAAUUGCUCUAUCACCAAAGUCACUUAUGACAACAAACCGUUUCAUCUGCGAAGUAUGCAACAAGGGUUUCAAGAGAGACCAAAACCUGCAGUUACAUCUGCGAGGGCACAAUCUUCCAUGGAAGCUUAAGCAGAGAAACCAUCAGGAGGUUGUAAGGAAGAAGGUGUAUGUAUGUCCAGAGAAGAGUUGUGUGCACCAUGACCCUAGUAGAGCUUUAGGUGAUUUAACGGGGAUAAAGAAGCACUUUAGUAGAAAGCAUGGUGAGAAGAAGUGGAAGUGUGAUAAGUGUUCUAAGAAAUAUGCAGUUCAAUCUGAUUGGAAGGCUCAUAGUAAGAUUUGUGGUACUAGAGAGUAUAGAUGUGACUGUGGCACAAUAUUCUCCAGGAAGGACAGUUUCUUAACGCAUAGAGCCUUUUGUGAAUCCUUGGUGGAGAGAAGUGGAAGAAUAGGUUCAGCUCCAGCAGUUUUAUCCAACUUUGGAAACAAUCUUUUGAUCAACACUCAAGCUCAAGCUCAAGCACCAAGAAUUCCUCAUGGAUUAUUUGGGCUUAAUCAGGAAUUCGGCGGACCAGUUCCAGAACAAUUCAUGGGAAAUUUUCUCAAUAAUAAUCCUCCUCCUCAUCAUCAUCAUCAGAUUAACAUCCCUCAUCAUAAUUAUCUUUCAAGCAACGCCACUACUACAACUAGUGUAUUCUCAACAUCAGAAGCAAACUCCGAUUUAGAAUUACUUCAGACAAACAUGAAUACAUUCGGCUCAAUACCAAAUGGGCAGUGGAUGAAUUACCGUUACACCGAUCAACAAGAAGUAUCCAUGCCUAUGCUUACUCAAGGAGUACUCAAGCUAGAACAAGAAGAAAACAACAAAAUGAAUGAUUUUUCUCAUUUGUUUUAUCAGAAUCAAUUACAAGGAGGUCCAAGUCACAUGUCGAUGGAAUCUCAAUCCACAACAAGAAAGCUGAACAAUGGUAAUAAUUCUGCACCUCCCAACAUUGUUGAAAUUAAGAAACUGUUCAAGCAAGGAAACCAUGCAGGAAAUUUGAAUGAAGAUCAACUAAGCUUAACUAGAGAUUUCCUUGGAGUUGGAGUUGGAGAUGAUUCAUUGAAGAAACCCUUGUUGCAACAAGAGAUCCCUAGGUUUAAUCCAAUAGGACCUGUCAUGAACAUGCAAAGUGAUCAGUUUGGUGGACACUAUUGA